CUGUUUUUCGCCCUCCGAGUCCAGCUCGACCAGUAGUCGAAUUGGUGAGUGGUGAUGACGCAGUUCCUGGAAGUGAAAGAGGCUUGUUUUUCGAAGUAUCUGCUCUGGUAGUGCACGGUAUCCAUUCCCAUACUCCUGCGCGAGAGAAAAAGUAAGAAAAAGGGUGGGAAAAUGGCGGCGACCGCGGCGAGAGCAGUGUUGGUGUCACGGCCGGUAACGUUCGUAACUGGAAAUGCAAAGAAACUGGAGGAAGUGAAAGCCAUCUUGGGCCAAUCCAUCCCCUUUCAGUCCCUCAAACUUGACCUGCCUGAACUGCAAGGCGAACCCCAAGAAAUAUCCAAAGAAAAGGCUCGUUUGGCUGCUCUCCAGGUGAAUGGACCAGUGUUGGUGGAAGAUACAUGUCUUUGUUUCAAUGCCCUAAAUGGUCUUCCAGGGCCAUACAUCAAGUGGUUUCUAGAGAAGAUUGGCCAUGAAGGUUUGAACAACUUGUUGAUGGCAUAUGAGGAUAAGUCAGCUUAUGCUUUAUGUGCAUUUUCUUUUGCCCUUGGGCCUGAUGUUGAGCCUAUUACCUUUCUGGGAAAAACUCCGGGCAAAAUAGUUCCUGCUAGGGGACCCAACGACUUUGGAUGGGAUCCUAUCUUUAAACCUGAUGGCUAUGACCAAACUUAUGCGGAGAUGCCAAAGGAAGAGAAGAACAAGAUUUCUCACCGUUCUAGGGCUCUUGAUAUGGUGAAAUCUCACUUUGCUGAAGCUGGAUACAGUUUUAGUACCUCCAUCUAAAAAGUGAGCUAUGUAUGUCUUCAUUGUUGCCAUUGCAUGGUAGAUUCUUAUGCAGUUAAAAGCUUUUUACUAUGUGAACCUUCUGAUUUCUGUAAAAGGUCUGUUGGCAAAAGCGGGAAGGGUGAAAGAAAUCUCUUUUCACAUGGAAAACAAAUAUUUAAUUUUAUACAAAUCUGUCUGCUUAGUGCUUGGUGGGAAAAAAUCUCUGCGACUAAAAAUAUUGAGAACCGUGUUAUUGAGUGCCAAAUUCAGUGUUUUUUGAACAGUUUUUUUCUUGUCUAUACGAGCAGAAAGGAUGCAAUAGUGUCAAUGAGUAUCCUGUAUUGUAAUGUUUUAUGAUUACAGAGCAAUGACUGAAUUAGUCUGCAUUACUUA